AUGGCGGCGCCCUUGCGACGGGCGCUGCUGGCGCUGGGCCCGGCCCGGUCCCGGCUCUCGGUGCCGGUCCCGGCCCCGGCGCGGCCCUACCGGGCGGAUCCGCUGCGCCGCCGCCCGGGCCCGGCUCCAGCCGACCCAGAGGACCCGCGGGCGGCCGCGCGGCGGUUCGGGCGGCUCGGGGAAGCGUCGGGGGUGGAGGUGUGGCGGCUGUGGCCGAGCCCGGAGCAGCUGCGGGAGGCGGAGGAGGAGGAGCGCGAGUGGGACCCGCCGCUGCGGGAUGUGGAGGCCGUGCUGGAUCAGCGGGAGCGGGAGGAGGCGCGGCGGAGAAAGGAGAGGGAGGAGCUAGUGGCCCGCAGCCUGGCGGCGAUGCCGGCCCGCGUGGCCGCGUGGCGCCGGGAGCGGGAGGCGCUGCGGGAACGGGCGCGGGCGGACGCGGCGCGGCGGCAGCGGCUCCUGGCCGAGGCUGGGCUGGGGGGGCUCCCGCGGCCCGGGACCCCCGCCCGCGCCUCUGCCCGAGCCCAGGAGCUGCUGGACGAGAUGGAGCGGCAGCAGCGGCGGGAGGAGAAGCGGCGCCGGCGGCAGGAGCGGGAGGAGGCGGCUCGGAGCGCUUUGGCCGCGGCGGAGGCGGCGGCGGCUGCACGGCCGCUCCCGGGAACCACCCCGGAGGGCGAGGAGACGACCCCCAGAACCCCCGGGGAGACCUCCUGA